UACUUUUUGCUGCAAUAUUCCCGGUGUAACAUAUCCAUGUGUAUAGGUUGAAAAAUGUUUCCUAGAAUUUCUAUCAUUUGUAUAUUGUACAUUUUGAAAAGGAUUUCAGCGUCUGGUAUUGGAUUUGACAAACAAACUUUUACAUUAGAGAAGGAGAAAAUCGUGAUACAUAACCCGUAUACAACUCAAUUACAAGAAGAGCGGUCACUGUUUACAUGUGCUAGAAUGUGUAUGGCAAUGACAAAGUGUUGUGUUUCUAAUUACAAUGUUUCAUCAAAUAUUUGUGCUUUCGACACGUCAGGUUGUUGUUAUAGUAAAACUAUGACUUCUGUCGGAUCUGUGCUUAUUAGAAAGGUAUCUGUAGAGGGUUGUCGAUCUGGAUGGAAAAUCAACAACGGUGUUUAUUAUUACAUCUCAACAGAAUAUAAAACUUGGGCAGAAGCGCAGGUGUAUUGUCGACAGAGAGCUGGUCACCUUGCAGAGAUCAACGACAAUGAGGAAAAUAACUUUAUAAAGUCAGUCAUUUCAGCAGGAGGAGCAACAGGUCAUGCUGUUUUUAUUGGAGCUACCAAUUCCUCGGCAGGUUGGAUAUGGGAUGGCAAUAGGUCUCCAGUAAUUUAUUUCGACUGGGAAAGUAGCCAACCAGGUGGAGGUGAACACUGUAUUGCAUUGCUUCAAAACGCAUGGCACGACUAUGGCUGCUAUGAAGAACACGGUUUUAUUUGUGAAUCCCAAGUGUAUUGAUAUGACAAAAAAUACAUUAGGAAUUGAUACAUUAACGUAACUAUUUAUAGAAUACUGUUGUGGGAGCAUUGACUAUGUAUUGAAUCGAGACUACUCUUUUGCAUAUAGUCAAUGCUAAACGCAUUAUUCACAUUAUCAUACUGACGUUCAAUUUCUAACCAAACCCGUAUAAAUUUUUUUUCAAAAUAUCAAUAUAUCAAGAAACC